AUGGCUCAAAAAAGCUUUGCUAGUGAAACUCAUUAAGCUUAAUAGCAAUUAAAUUCUUUCGAUUUUGCUUAAAUCGAUUAAAUGGAUCCAUCUUUAGCUGAUGGCCUUAGAUGUAUUUAUGAUAAAGAUAUUUAUUACACUAUUAGAUUUUACAGAGAUGAAAAUGAAACCUAAGAUUUAGAAAACCACGAACCCUUAAGAACAAGAAUUUUCAUUCUAGGUGAUGAAAAAAAUCCUUAAUACCUUAAAAUAGAAGUAAGUAGCGAUAAUGAUAUCUUUUUCCACUUUGUCCACAAAGCUGACCAAAACAACUAUAAGCAGAUUAAAGCUGAGCAAAACUUGAAUUUAGAAUUCAAUGAAUACCCUGCUAUUUGCAUUAAAUGUUUCAAUAAAGUUGAAAAAGCUACAAAUCAUAACUAAUACAAUGCCAUAUUCACUAUUAUGGAUAAUGGAUCUGGAAGACUUGAAAUAAACUAAGAAACUGAAUAUAAGAAUAUCGAAGUGAUGAGUUUUGAAUUUGAAUGCAGUGAUGAUAAUUUUAUUAGAUAAAUCAUUACUUAUAAAUACAUGAGUCUAAAGUCUAAGCUAUCUUUGAUGGAAGGACGUCUGUAGGAUAUUCAUGAAAUCGUCAGAGUUAAGAAUCCCUCUCUGCUUCUUUCUAUAAAAAAGGAAACAAAAGAUAAGCAAGAUAAGAGUAAAUAAUCUACAAUCAUGAAAAAGAAUUGA